GUCCGGCCGGAGGCCAAUCGGGGCGGGGGAGCCGCGCUGUGCAACUCCCAUUGGCCGACGGGCGGGGGCAGGGGCGUGUCCCAGCCUGCUAUUGGCCGGCGGCUAGGCUGCCGGUAGGUGCCGGAGUGGCGGCGUCAUGGAGGCGGCGGAGGCCGGGACCCGGGGGGCCGCAGCGCGGCGGCCACGGGCGCCGGCGACCCUGAAGGAGCAGCGGGAUCCGAGGCACGGCGGGCGGCCUCGGCGGAGAAUUGAAGAGAAUCAAGAAGCAGCAGUCUUUCGAGAAGUGGUCAGUUUUAGCCCAGACCCUUUGCCAGUUAGAUAUUAUGACAAGGACACCACCAGGCCCAUCAGCUUUUACUUCUCUUCUCUGGAGGAACUCUUGGCGUGGGCGCCUGAUGCGGAGGACGGCUUCAAUGUGGCCUUGGGGCCCCCCGAGUGUCGGCAGCCCCCCUUGAGCAGCCGGAGGCCCCGGACCCUGUUGUGCCAUGAUAUGAUGGGCGGGUACCUGGAUGACAAGUUUAUUCAAGGCUCAGCUGCCCAGAGUCCCUAUUCCUUCUACCACUGGCAGUACGUCGACGUCUUCGUGUACUUCAGCCACCACCUGGUCACCAUCCCCCCUGUGGGCUGGACCAACGCUGCCCACAGGCAUGGGGUCUGCGUGCUGGGGACUUUCAUCACCGAGUGGAAAGAAGGGGAGCGGCUCUGCGAGGCCUUCCUGGCCGGGGACGAGCGCUCGUACCGGGCAGUGGCCGAUCAGCUGGUCCGGAUCGCUCAGUUUUUCCGAUUCGAGGGCUGGCUGAUCAACGUCGAGAACGCUUUGAGUCUGGCCGCUGUGGGGAACGUGCCCCGCUUCCUCCAGUACCUGACCGCUCGGCUGCAUCAGCAGGUCCCCGGGGGGCUGGUGCUCUGGUAUGACAGCGUCGUGAGCAGCGGGCAGCUCAAAUGGCAGGAUGAGCUCAACGAGCAGAACAGGGUCUUCUUCGAUUCCUGCGACGGCUUCUUCACUAACUAUAACUGGCGGGAGGCGCAUCUGGAGCGGAUGCUGGGGCAGGCCGGGGAGCGUCGGGCCGACGUGUAUGUGGGAGUGGAUGUGUUCGCCCGGGGGAACGUCGUCGGGGGCCGGUUCGACACGGACAAGUCGCUGGAGCUGAUCCGGAAGCACGGGUUCUCGGCAGCUCUGUUUGCGCCUGGCUGGGUGUAUGAGUGCUUGGAGAAGGGGGAUUUCUUCCAGAACCAGGACAAGUUCUGGAGUUUGCUGGAACGCUACCUGCCCACACACAGCAUCUGCUCCUUGCCCUUUGUCACUUCCUUCUGCCUGGGCAUGGGGACUCGAAGAGUCUGCUAUGGCCAGGUGCGCGGGUGGCGGGGGGGGGCUUCCUGGACGUGUCACAUCUUGGCGAAGGAGCUGCCUUCUCUUGCACCUUUGGGCCUCCCCUGGGGCAGGGGGCAGGGCCUCAGGGAUGGCGGCUCCCUCUGCCCCCAGACCUCCCUUCACUUCUGCCCCGUCCCUCAGGAGGAGGCGGUGGGGCCCUGGUACCACCCGAGUGCCCAGGAAAUCCAGCCCCUGUUUGGAGAGCACAGGCUGGAAGAGGACGGACGGGGCUGGGUGAAGACGCGCUGCUGUCUGGCAGACGCCUGGCACGGGGGCAGCUCUCUGCUCAUCCGGGGGCUGAUUCCGCCCGAGGUUGGAGAUGUGGCUGUGAGGUUGUUCUCUCUGGAGGUCCCAGUGCCACCCAAGAUUUUCCUGUCCAUGGUGUACAAGCUCGAAGGGCCUUCGGCUGUGGGGGUGGCUCUGGAGCUCACCACGGGCGACGCAGGCAGCUGUCACGUGGGAGGCAUCUCGGCGCUGACCGAAAGGAGCUCAAGGCGCAGUCCCCGACCCCUCCGGGUGCCCCCGACCAAGCUGGCCAGAUGGGUGAGCCGCUGCGGUCAGCGGCUCAGCGGGGGCUGGGUGCAGCGCUGCUACGAGGUGAGUCUGCGGGGCUGCCUCUUGCGGGACCUCUUCGUUAGAUUCUCCCGGCCUCCGGGCAGCCAGGAGGAAGAGAACUUCACCUGUCGCCUUGGGGAGAUCCAGGUGGUGGAUGCCAAUAGCCUGCUGACCCCGCUGCCCCAGGUGCAGGCUGUGACCGUCUCUCAUGUGCGCUGGCGGCCGGCCACCUCCGACGGGGAGGGCGGCCGCGCUGGGCUCCAGCUCAGCUGUACUCUGCACUGGGCCUACCUCCUCCCCCGUGUCCGGGGCUUCCGGAUCCACUGCUGCCGGGGGACAGGGGGCGGCGCUCCCGGAGGGGGGCCAUCGGAGCCAGAGAAGCCCACGCUCCUGGGCCUGGCUUUUGUCAACCGGUAUCGGAUAGUGGACCUGGUGGUGGCAGCCGCAGAGCCCGGCCGGGAUGGGCGAGUGGAGUUCCUGGUGGAGCCUGUCCCCAAGGAGGGGUUCCUGGUGCCGCGGGCCCAGUGGGGCAGGGCGGCCAUGCUCUACUCCACGCCCCGCACGUGAGCAGAAUUACAGCACAGCGUCUCCUGUCUCCAGCCGAGGCCCCCACUGUGUGCGGGGAAGACGUGGGUCCUGAGGGCUGGGCUCAGGAGAGGAAAACUGAGAAGCCAUAAUUCCCAGGGGUGAAUCCCCUGCUUUUUGUCUAAUCCCUUUCUGUAGUGUCUACUCCACAGAUACACGGGAAAGGAUUUGGAAAAGCUUAGUCCAGAAAAUUCCAUAAAGGGUAUUUCCUAAUAGGCCAAGACGCUAUGGUGACCAUUUAUUCCUGCAGAUGGACAGCUAGGAAGGAGCUCAACUGUGGCAGGAGCUGGCCCUGGAGACGCUUCCAAGGGUGGGGAUGAGACCGAGGGGCCCCGAGUGCAGAGUGGGGGGCACAGGAACAGCAGUCCCCACGUGUGCCGGGGCAGGUGUGCAGGCCAGACCACCUCAUGUCCUGGCUUUCCCGGGGUACUGUCCCCUUGAGCCCGGGCCACUCUGGAGAAUCCCCGUCGGAUCUGUGUCCUGCUUUGUCUCCUCUGAGUCAUCGGUACCAGCGAAGCGAGCGAGCCCAGUGAGCGAGGCUCCCGGGCUUGGGCGACAGGAGGCCAGGCAGGGCUCAGGAAGGCCCCGGUCCCGGGUCGGGGCCCCAGCCGCCUCCUUCCUUCAUGCCCUCCCUCCAAGCGCUACCGUGAGGGGUGUUAGCCCCACGCGGCGAAGGUGAAGCGUCCUGCCACUGCCGUCCCUCCCCCUGCUUCCUCCUCUCUCCCUGGGAGGGGCGCGUAAGCUUCUCCAGCCACACAGCUUCCUUGGUGGGGUCUUGGCCCCUUCCCUCCAGGCCAGAGCAGACUGCUGUGAGGCUGUCAGCCCCUCGUUCUUGGGCUCUCUCACCCUCAGACCUCCUAGGCCAACGGUGGGGGUUAAUUUCCAUUUGUCGUCCUCCCCCUGUGCUACGACUGGGCCAGGACACCAGGGUGAGCGUCCAGCCGGGCUCGGGGUCAGCAGACUUGAGUUUACAUGGAAGUGAUGGGAGAGGCCACCAGGUGGCAGUGCAGCCUCACUGCCUCCGUCCUGGCCCCAACUUGCAGAGGGCAGAAGGCCACACAGGGGGUCUCCUGCCUGGGCAACGUUUGCCUUGCUUGUCUCCACUGGCCCUGCUUCCCAGGUGCCUACGUGCCCCUUUCUCAGCUCGACGAGGAUCUCAGGUUUCACAUCUUUCCUAAUUGGGAACGUUUUACUCUUCAUGUCCCACACGUGUGGUCCAGCUCAGUCCCAGAAAGCCGCCUCUGCGAUCAGACUGGUGUGAACCAGGAGCAUCAGGAGACUUGGAAUUGGGGGGCUGGUCCCUCAACUUUCCCUGAAAUGCUUUGACCUCCCCCCCGCUGCCUUUUUUAUUUUCUUUUUUGCUCUUUAGGGCUGCAUUUGGGGCAUAUGGAAGUUCCCAGGUAGGGGUUGAAUCAGCUGCAGCUGUCGGCCCACACCACAGGUGCAUCUUCGACCUUCACCAUAACUCACGGCAACGCCAGAUCCUUAACCCACUGAGAAAGGCCAGGGAUUGAACCUGCGCCCUCAUGGAUGCUAGUCACUUGGUUUCCACUGCACCACAACGGGAACUCCAAGCCUCCCCCCGCUGUUUUUUUUUUUUUUUUUUUUUUUGCCUUUUUAGGGCCACACCCGUGGCAUAUGGAGGUUCCCAGGCUAGGGGUCUAAUCCGAGCUGUAGCCGUCGCCUACACCACAGCCACAGCAAUGCCAGAUCUGAGCCACAGCUCGUGGCAACGCCGGCUCCUUAACCCACUGAGCAAGGCCAGGGAUUGAACCUGCAACCUCAUGGUUCCUAGUCAGAUUUGUUUCCACUGUGCCACGAUGGGAACUGCCCUCCCCUCCCUCCUUUGGAGCUGGGGGAGACCUGGCUUCCCCUAAGUCCCCAGAAGUGGGGGUUGGGCAGGCGUAGGGCCGGGCUCCUGAAAGCGGCAGCACCAUUGUAACCACGUGUGCCCUGCUGCUCUCCUUUCAGGAGGCUUUUUUUUUUUUUUUAGUGCUAGUUCUCCGAAUAUUUUAUGCAGAGAAGGAGGGAAAAUUUAUAGUAGCAAUUAUUUUCUCACAGUCGGGUGAGCUAGCAAUUAGAAGCAAAGGCGUUUAGCAGAGCAUGGCGAGCAAGUCCCGGCUCCCCAAGACCAUGGUCCCCAGUCCCACCGACAGUCAAGGCUCAUGUGCGGGAAAAUUACUAUGUCGGCAUUUAAGCCUGUGACCCUCUGCUGUGUGUAAUCGCUCUGAAAUAAAUUAUCUGACGCUGUGGAAAA